AUGUUCCUAGGUGCAUCAGUCACGCGCGGCGAAGAAUCGGUGGGUAAUAGAGGAUAUCGGAAGCAUCUUCGUGAUGAGCUCACGUCACGGGGUAAUCCGGUCAACUGCGUCGGCUUCAAUCGAUUCGGCAACUUUCUCGACAACGAUGUUGAAGGCUAUAGCGCAAAUCGGAUUAGACAGGUUCGCAAACACGCAGAGCAGUCCGUGCCAUAUUUGCAGCCGAAUCUCGUGCUUAUACAGGUCGGUACCAGCGAUUGUUUCCAAAAAGACGACCCCGCCAACAUCAUGUCACGAAUGCGCGAUCUAGUCGAGUAUCUGCUAGAAGCCUCGCCGCGGGCUACGGUAAUCAUGUCGACCAUCGUAACGACCCCGAGAAUGGAGUUCGAGCCGUGUAUGAAGAGCGCCAAUGCCCAGAUCCGACAGGCAGCUACCGAUCUAAUCCGGGAGGGGAAGCCGGUGGCGCUGGCAGAAAUGCAUUACGACCAGGAACUUCCUCGCCGGCCUAGGCCCGAAGACAUCGGCCACGACAAAAUUCACCCUACUAGUUCAGGGUACUUCAUGAUGGCGGAUAUAUUCAUGGAGAAGAUCCGUGAGGUCGAAAAGAAGGGUUUCUUAAAGUACCCUGUGGACAACGGUAUCCCUGCCGACGGCGAGAUUAGCAGGGAGGUAGAGGACAAGUUAAAAGAAAAAGCGGAAAAGGAACAUCCUCUGAAAAGAUAG